UACAUUACUCUCUCUCUCUCUCUCUAUAUAUAUAUAUAUAUGUAUAUUUGUAGAGAGACAUCAUCUUUCCAUAAACAUUCCAUAUAUCCCAGACCCCAAGCAUGAUUCUGCUGCUUUCAUGUCUCCUCUGUCGUCUCUAAUUUGUAUUCCUUUCGAAUCAUACCUUCUCCAGUUAUUGAGUGAGAGUGAAUUAAUCAAAACUUCCGAGUUUUCCUCUUCCAUUUUCUGAGAAUUUUUUAGCUUCUGAUUGUGGAGAUUAUCAUCCAACACAUGCAGCCUGUGAGCAGAGAAUUUGGCGCCAUGAACAACAUUAACCCACUGCUAAACCAACACCAAAUCUCAUCAUCCCUUCAAGAAAUCCAACUACCCCAGAUGUUGGGGUCUUCCCACUUCGAUCCGCCCACGUCCAACGAUGAUUUUCUAGAACAAAUCCUCUCCUCCGUGCCUUCCGCCUCCUUCCCCUGGGCCGAAGACCAUGCUCCACCGCAUAUGGAGGAGCAACCGGCAGCGGUUUUGGCGUCGAAGCUGAGGCAGCACCAGAUCAGCAACGGCGCCCUUAAGGCCUUGAUGCUUCAGCAGCAAUUGUUGCUCUCCAGAGGCCUCCGCUCCCCCACCGGAGGAGCAGAUGAUGCCCUUCUUCCCAUGCCUCACGGCGACCAAAACGACGCCGUUGACGGCACCUCGUUCAAGUCUUCUAGCCUGCAGGUAAAUGAUGCAGCGGUUAAAGCUCUGUUCGAUGGUAAUUUCACGGGAUCCCUCUGUCAAACUUUAAAUCAACCUCAGCAUUUCCACCAUCCUCAGGUUUCAUCCAACACUUUCUUCUUCACAAGCCUCUUUAGCCACAUUAAUUACGUAUUAAUAACGAUAUUGGCAUUGCAGUUGCAGACCCAGAACUUGGGCACCGGCGGGGGAGCGGCGGCAAAUCAACCUGCUCGAAAGGUGAGGGCCAGGAGAGGACAGGCGACUGACCCCCACAGCAUAGCUGAAAGAUUACGGAGAGAGAGGAUUGCGGAGAGAAUGAAGGCGCUACAGGAGCUUGUACCCAAUGCUAAUAAGACGGACAAAGCCUCUAUGCUGGAUGAGAUCAUCGACUAUGUCAAAUUCCUCCAGCUCCAAGUCAAAGUUCUAAGUAUGAGCAGACUGGGAGGUGCAGCAGCUGUUGCCCCACUUGUUGCUGAUAUGUCCUCUGAGGGAAGGAGCGGGAACGGAACGGCGCAGACGGCGUCAACGUCAAACACCAAAGACGGCGGGGGGAUGACGGUGACGGAGCACCAGGUGGCGAAGCUGAUGGAGGAGGACAUGGGUUCCGCCAUGCAAUACCUUCAAGGAAAGGGCCUAUGCCUCAUGCCUAUUUCCCUCGCCACCGCCAUCUCCACCGCCACUUCUCACUCCCGAAAACCCCCCGCCGCCUCCAACCCACCCACUUCCCCCAGCAUGUCGGUCUUGACCGUGCAAUCCGCCACAAUAGGCGGAGGCGAACCCUGCCUCAGAGAAGCCCCGUCCGUCUCCCAGCCGUGAAGGCGUUGACUGUAUGGUUGACGCCCCCCACACUCCUUUGCUGAAUUGAAAAAGACAUGCGAAAGAGAGAGAAAAAGAAAAGAAGCUGGGGUCAGACAGUGAGAUAACAGACGGCGUCAAGUCUACCAAAAUAAGGGUCUGAUUUUUUAUUUACUUAACUAGUGCUUGUAAUUAUAUAGUUGAAAGAAAAGAGUGUAGGAGACGGCGCCGUAUUUGGGUAGACUUGGCUUCUUGAGUGCGGAGCUUUUAACUUUGAGCUAACAACCAACCACUGGCUAAUCCCAAUUGCUUCUGGAUUUGGUUGUUCCCCUUAUUCCGUUUUUGACUUUGCUACCUCUCUACUCUCAACACCUGUUUACGAAUAUCUUUGAAUAUGUUAUAUGUUGUAACACGUC